AUGAACAUGUUCGACUCAUCGGCGACGUCUCCGACGGGUCCCAGCAACAUCGCCCAAUCCAGAGACAUCAGCUCUUCAUUGUCGGGCUCUCCAACCCACGCAGAUUCGGUCAUGUCGUCCUCUGCCAGCGGCAGUCGAUCUCGUUCGAGCUUGUCGUCUCAAAAGUCUAGCAGGAACCCGCAGACGCAGGAACAGCCUUCCAACGAAGCCACUACCCUCUUCAACGCGGCCGGCUCCUCGACGCGCAACUAUCAAGCCACCGAGGCGCCUGCUCCUCCAAAUGGACCAUCUGACCAGGCCAGAAAUGGGCCGACAGACCCUGCAGCAUCGGUCAGGGGCACCAAUCCCGUCAACAGCAACUCCAACGCCCAGAGCCAGCGGCCUCAGUCGCCAGAAGAGCCGGGGCAUUCUUGGAAAAACGGGUUCAUCGAUAGAUUUGGUUCUCUGGAGCUGGAGAAUAAGGGCAGUGUUGCGCGUGACCACUUGGCCUUAGAACGAACCUUCCUAGCCUGGAUGCGCACAUCCCUCGCCUUCGCCUCUAUAGGAAUAGCUGUCACUCAACUCUUUCGUCUCAACAGUGCAAAUACAACAUCAGGCACAAAUUCCAUCCACUCCCUCAACACUCCGCCAUCUGUACACCCACACUACUCUUACGGCAUAUUCAACACAUCCUCAAACCCCUCAUCCCAAGACGGCGCCCGUCUCCGCAGCGUGGGCAAACCCCUCGGUUCCACCUUCAUCGGCGUCGCCAUCCUAGUUCUGACCAUCGGCUUCCAUCGCUACUUCGAGAGCCAGUACUGGAUCAUCCGCGGCAAGUUCCCUGCCAGUCGAGGCAGCGUUGCUCUGACGGCAUUUGUGGCGGCUUCUCUGAUUGUUGCGACCCUUGCGGUGAUACUGGCGGUUUCGCCAGGUGCUAUUGAGCAGUAA